CCACCUGUUUUUCUAACCAUUCCCUUUCAUAUUUUUUUUCUGUAAUAUAUAUAUAUAUACACAUUCUUAUAUAAACUGCUCUCUCUAUGCAUCUCUUAUCUUAAAUAUCAGCUUUAUAUUUUUUUUUUCCUUCAUCCUUUAUUACCAUGGAGAAUUACCACAUACUUUUCCCGGAUGGAUCUUCAGCCUCCCCUUCCUUGCUAACCAUGACAAAUCAUCGAAGUUAUUUGCAAGGCAACGAUGUAAUUACUACAACGAAAGUGGGAAAUCAAUGUGAAGAUUUGGAUGCCAAGGACGUAUCAUCAGAAAGUGAGGUCAAAGUAGGGAAGAAAGGAGACAAUAAGGGGAUGAGGAAGCACAAAUAUGCGUUUCAAACAAGGAGCCAGGUUGAUAUACUCGAUGAUGGGUAUCGAUGGAGGAAAUAUGGGCAAAAAACAGUUAAGAAUAGCAAAUUCCCGAGUUAUUACAGGUGUACACAUAAAGAAUGCAACGUUAAGAAACAAGUCCAACGCAGUUCCAAAGACGAUGAAAUUGUGGUGACCACCUAUGAGGGGAUACACACACAUCCGGUGGAGAAGUUCAGCGAAAACUUUGAACAGAUCCUGAGACAGAUGCAAACGUACAAUCCUUUAUGAAAUGUGUUGGUCUGCAGUCCAUCGCCAGAACGUGUUUAUAUCAUUAUAUGCACCUAGGCUUAUAGUGCUGUUCCUCAGCAAAGAAACUAUUGAAGCUAUGCUUUUUUUUUUGUCUUUUCAUUUUUCGUGGUGUGGGAUCUCGUCCCAAAACAGAUAUCAUAUGAUAACUAGAGGGCGCCCUAGAAUGAUUUGCCAAGGUACAUACUAGCUUUGUGCCUAAUGCUAAAUUGGACGGUGAAAGUAUGCUUUCGACAAGAGUACGAGGCGGAACGAAUGAAUUUGCAUAGCCGAUGCAUAGGUCAUAUUUAGCUCUUGCUAAUACAUUGAGUAGUCAAAAGCAGAAUCAAAUUAUUGGGACUCUGCCAAUAGAGCCUGAAACUCCCUUGACACAUUCAUUGCUGGGACGGCUGAUUUAUAUCUUGGGGCGGUCCAUAUAUAGAGUCUCCUACCUGUUGUGUAUAUUGUUUUCUGGUUUUGCAUCUGACAAUGGAGAAUAUUUUUGUGUAGUUAA